GCCUUGAGAAUUGUCCCAAAGAUGAAUUAAUAAUAUAUUCUUUGAGCAUCUGUCUUUAGGUGAAAUUUUACAAUUAGAAAAACUCAGUGCCCCAUAGGUGCUGAAUUGCAAUGGAAUCCCUUUGCUCAGUGUUCUUCUGCCCAAUCAGGUGGAAUGUUUCACAGGCACAUGGUUUAUACAGCUCAAAAUAACUUGGGACCUGCGAACUGACAAAUGCUCUGGCUUCAGUGGUGACAGGUUGUCCAGCUUCUUGCAGCCAUCUUCAGUGAAACUAAGGUUGUUAACUCCUCGCUCUCUAUGGACGACUACAUUCUGUGUCCAAGGACGUGAAGACUUCCAGUAUUUCUCCUGUCAUUUCAUCUUCAAGUUCUCCUGGAUAAUUGGUAUCGCUGUGGAACAUCAGAACUAGAGAUUCUCAUCUGGAUCAAUUAAAAAAAAAGAAAGCAGCAUGCAAGACGACAACAUAGAAGCUUCCACUUCCAUAUCUCAGCUUCUAAGGGAAAGCUAUUUAGCUGAAACCAGGCAUCGAGGAAACAUUGAGAGAAGUCGGGCAGAGUCUACCCCCAAUCCUUUCCAUUUUGGUAGUCUUGCUGGAGCUGCUGGAGGAGGAGGAGGAGGACAAGAUGACCUUCCAGAUCUUUCUGCCUUCCUGAGUCAAGAAGAAUUAGAUGAAAGUGUCAAUCUGGCAAGGCUGGCCAUCAAUCAAGAUUCUAUGGAGGGCAAAACUGAUGAUUCCCAAUCUAGAAAACAUCUUUCUUCUGAUCAGGUGAAAAAUUCAACUAAAUCAAGUUCUGAUCUUAACUUCUACCAAUAUCGCCCCGAGACUCAAGCCAACUCCAAAGAAAGUACUCAGGAGACAAAAAAGCCACAGUAUAGUUCAGAAACCCAAUCCAAAAAGGUGUUCCUAAACAAGGCUGCUGAUUUUAUUGAAGAGCUAUCUUCUCUGUUCAAAGCCCACAGCUCUAAAAGAAUCAGACCCCGCACCUGCAAAAACCACAAAAGCAAGUUGGAUUCUCAAAGUAAAGGCCCACAGGAAAACAGUGCCGGCUUUUCUGGUCUGUCCGAAAGACGAGAAAGAGCUUCUAUUCCCAUCCCCAUUCCUCAGGACACUCAAGAUAAUGAAGUGAAUCAUGCCCUUGAACAACAGGAGGCUGAGAGACUUCAGGAGAUUGAACGAGUUGCCAAUGAAACAACCAGUGCUGAUGUCACCCCGGAUUCAUCGCCUUCAUCUUUGUACUAUGAAGAGCCUCUGGGACAACCCCCACGCUUUACUCAGAAGCUAAGGAGCAGAGAAGUUCCAGAGGGAACUAGAGUGCAGUUGGACUGUAUAGUAGUAGGAAUCCCACCACCUCAAGUAAGGUGGUACUGUGAAGGGAAGGAACUGGAAAACUCACCUGACGUUCAAAUCACUCAGGCAGGAAAUCUACACUCACUGACCAUCACUGAAGCCUUUGAGGAUGACACAGGGCGUUAUUCAUGUUUUGCUUCUAACAUCUAUGGGACAGAUUCAACUUCUGCAGAAAUUUAUAUAGAAGGUGCUUCAUCAUCUGACUCUGACGGGGACAUUAGUAAGGAAGAUAUGAAUCGGGUCCAGAAGCCAAAUGAGGUGUCAUCACCUCCUAUUAAUUCUGCAGUCAACCCACAGGAAGGAGCGGACGCACAGCCUAGUGUGACCCAGCAUAAUGUAUCUACCAUUCAUCAGUGUCAGAGCCCCACAAACUAUUUACAAGGACUGGAUGGAAAACCUAUAAUUGCAGCUCCUGUGUUCACAAAGAUGCUGCAAGAUUUAUCAGCCUCUGAGGGUCAACUAGUUGUUUUUGAAUGCAGAGUUAAAGGAGCACCAUCUCCCAAAGUUGAAUGGUACAGAGAAGGGACAUUGAUAGAAGAUUCUCCAGAUUUUCGAAUUUUACAGAAAAAACCACGUUCUAUGGCUGAACCAGAGGAGAUUUGUACCCUGGUCAUUGCAGAAGUGUUCUCGGAAGAUUCUGGAAAUUUCACUUGUACAGCAAGCAACAAGUACGGCACAGUGUCAAGCAUCGCACAGCUGACUGUGCGAGGUACUGAGGACCAUAGCAAUAAUGUGACUCCCCACCCAGCCAAUUCCAUGGGCAACUCAACUAUUGUUGAAAACCAAUCAUCCCCACCUAACCCUGAACCCCGUUCCAUGGAACAACCCCCCAGACCCAAACUUGAAGGAGUUCUGGUGAAUCACAAUGAGCCCAGAUCCAGCUCUCGGAUUGGUCUUCGAGUGCACUUCAAUUUACCUGAAGAUGAUAAAGCAAGUGAAGCAUCUACUGAAGAUGGAGCCACGAUUGCUGACCAGAUCCAAGCUGAUCUUUUACAGGAUCGGUUCAAUGGGCAGAUAACAAGGACACCUGAACCUUCCUCGCCUGUUAAAGAGCCUCCUCCUGUACUAGCUAAACCAAAACUCGAUUCCAGUCAAUUGCAACAGCUUCACAACCAAGUUUUAUUGGAACAACAGCAUUUACAGUUUCCAUCUUCCACGUCUCCAAAAGAGCAUCCUCUGAACAUAAGCAUGACCAACUCUAUUGCUCCCCAGCCAGUGGCAACCACAUGCAAACAGAUGAAGGUCCCUCGGUCACAGACAUUCACUUACACUCGACCUAAACAGUUUCUCCCAUCUCAGAACACAGUCUUGGCCACUACAUCCCCUUCUAGUUCUCCAGUGUCCACCUUCAGCAAUACACCUCAGGCAAUGCAGAGGACAACAAGUAAGGAAAACCUUUUGGGCUCUCAUUCCUCAGUGCAAACGAGAUCUCUCGGGACCUUUUCCAGUCAAAACGAACUGCCUUUUACCAGUCUAGCAGAAUCGUCACAGCCUCCACUCACAUUCUCUGUCUCUAGUGGGAACCAAUUUCAGCCCCGAUGUGUGUCCCCAACUACCGCGGUCUCUCCUACCAGUCGGAUUCAAAACCCGGUGGCUUUUCUCAGUUCGGUCCUUCCCUCUCUGCCAGCUAUCCCACCCACCAAUGCCAUGGGCCUACCUAGGAGCGCACCAUCUGUGCCACCUCAGGGAGUGAUAAAGAAAAAUCUAAAAUCUCCUCAGCCAGUGACAGAUGACAACAUUCGUGAAAAUAAAGCUACGGUGAUUCAGGACCUAGAAAAAAAAAUGCAUUUCAGUGAUAUCCGAUCAAGCCAGCAGGAGUACAAGAUUUCAAGCUUUGAGCAGAGGUUAAUGAAUGAAAUAGAGUUCCGUUUAGAACGCACCCCUGUGGAUGAAUCUGAUGAUGAAAUCCAGCAUGAUGAGAUCCCUACAGGCAAAUGCAUUGCCCCCAUCUUUGACAAGAGACUCAAGCACUUCCGGGUUACCGAAGGCUCUCCAGUAACAUUCACCUGCAAAAUUGUUGGAAUACCUGUUCCUAAGGUUUAUUGGUUCAAGGAUGGAAAACAAAUUUCUAAAAAAAAUGAACAUUGCAAGAUGAAGAGAGAUGGAGAUGGGACAUGUUCUCUGCAUAUUGAUUCAACCACUGGUGAUGAUGAUGGAAACUACACAAUCAUGGCUGCCAAUCCACAGGGGAGAAUUAGCUGUUCUGGUCACUUGAUGGUACAGAGUUUACCUCUACGUGGUCGACUCACACCAAAUCAUUCUCACAGGGGGAGAGCCCGGAUGCAAGAAGGGGAUAAGGAACCUUUACAGGAACGAUUUUUCAGGCCUCAUUUCCUUCAGGCUCCUGGUGACAUGGUUGCUCAUGAGGGACGGCUCUGUAGACUGGACUGUAAGGUGAGUGGCUUACCACCCCCAGAACUGAUGUGGUUACUCAACGGCCAACCCGUACUUCCAGACAGCUCCCACAAGAUGCUGAUUAGAGAGACCGGAGUCCACUCUCUACUUAUUGACCCUCUUACUCAGAAAGAUGCCGGGACCUACACAUGUGUUGCUACCAACAAAACAGGACAGAAUUCAUUCAGUCUAGAGCUCACUGUAGUAGCCAAAGAAGUGAAGAAAGCACCUGUGUUCCUGGAGAAGCUACAAAACAGUGGCGUGCCUGAAGGCCAUCCUGUUCGAUUAGAGUGCCGGGUGGUGGGCAUGCCCCCUCCUGUGUUCUACUGGAAGAAAGACAAUGAAACCAUCCCUUUCACCAGAGAAAGAAUCAGCAUGCACCAAGAUACAACAGGUUACGUCUGCCUCCUCAUCCAGCCAGCCAAGAAAGCAGAUGCCGGAUGGUACACGCUGUCUGCCAAGAAUGAAGCUGGCAUCGUGUCAUGUACUGCGAGGCUGGAUAUCUACGCCCAGUGGCACCAGCAGAUCCCACAGCCCAUGUUAGUACGAACCAGUGGCAGCCGCUAUGGAUCCCUCACCAGUAAAGGACUUGACAUUUUCUCGGCCUACUCAUCUGUGGAAAGUACGAUGGUGUUUUCGUGCUCUUCCCAAAGUAUGGUGGAAAGUGAAGAACUUUAAAAACCUCAGGGCUCCUGCUGUGGAGGUGAAGGACUGUUGAGAGAAAAGAAGCCCACUGUCAACAACAUGAAGAGAGAAACCAAGACCCAGGAGGUUUCCAAGCAACUAGUUUUUAGUAAGUUAUCACACAGCUGGACUUGUUGCGAGGAACACUCUGAGCAAGCAGACUGGGGAGUCUCCCAGUCACAGCCGAGGAAGAAAGGGAGUGCCAAAAGAGAAAUGAGGAGGUACAGGAUAAUUCAACCAAAAAUGCCACACAGUAGUCUGCACUACUCUGGGCAAAAGCUACUGCUCUGUCCAUCCCACGCUGUGUUAGAGAUGCAUAGUGCUACACAAAAUGUUCUCAGAGGCAAUAAGCUUGUGCUUGUAAGGUACGCCCCUCGCGCCUCUAGAGUAGGGCUAACUCGCCAAAUUCAAGAGGAGGGAAAGAGGCUAAGAGAUCACGACCUCUUCUCUCCAGUCGUGCCGUAGUCAUUGGAGGAGAGCUCCUCAAAUCCACUUUGUUAUAGCGUUAUAGAGGGGUGACGUAGAACAUAUGUAUGUAAAGAAGCAAGAUCCUCUUUUUCAUCUUGGGCAAACUGAACCACACUAAGUUGCCAAGAAUGAAUGACAUAUUUAUCAUAGGAAUACAAAACUACACAAUGAGGUACAUUAACAUCAUGUAAUGCACAGAUAUCUCUCAUGCUGUCUGUUUCAUUUUUUUUCUGUUUCUGAGUUUGACUACUAAAUUAUAUUUACCAAGGACUGAUUUUCCAACUUAUGUCAUAACCCCUUUAUUUCUGAUUUUUUACACUCCUGUAACUUGGAACUGGUAGAGUAUCUUGGUUAAACUGGCCAAAGAGAAACUAUGGAGAAAUGUGGGAAAAUCUCCAGCACCAUUUAAAGAACAACUAACAUUUGUAUAGCUUCUAAAAUGGGAAGAGAUCAUCUCAUAUAAUGCAAUAGCUUAGCACAUUAAGAAAUCAGAAAGUAAAGACUUCAUCAGAAACCUUAAAACAUGAGGUAUUCAAUGAGUAAAGAAGAUAAUAUAAAAUUAAAUUGAGGAAGUUAUGGAAAAGUCCAUGGUUUAAAUUUCUUCACUAGAGCAGUGGGCUGUUAGGAAAAGCCACCAUUUUACAUUUGUAACCGCUUUCAGAUCUUCCACUUAAAGGUGGUGUUGAAAUAGAAACUAUUAUGCUAAAGUAAAAAGUGAGAGGAAGGGGAACCAGCAUUUCUGAUUUUCAUUCAUCAGUUCAGACUCUGUCCUGGGAGAGAGGCUGUUUCUACAGGUUCAUGAGUUGAUAGUGUCUCUCUGUUGGCUUCGGGGAAUAUCUCUAGUCGUCUUCUUCCCAAGUUUCCCACAGAGGCUCAAAGGAGCCUAGGGAAAGCUGUUCAUUUGUUGAGCUCUUAGUAUAGUAAGGGCACCCCGAAAGGAAUACAGAGAUGAUUGUUGCUCUCAGCAAAUGAGCAAAGUGUAAAUGACUGCCAUUCCUCUAAGCAGAAUCAGUGCAUGUUUCUCUACCACUAAAAUCUGUUCUUGAGUCAGAAAGGAAUUCUCAGGUUCAGUUUGCAGAAAAUUCAGUUUCUGACUGAAAACCACUUCAGAAACUGGCCGUAAAUGCUGGUUAUUCCAUUCCUAAGGAGUAAAGGAAGUUAUUCAGAGAAAAUGCUAGACAUCAUUUUUCCAAGUAAAAUUCAUGGUAUACAUAGUGAUAUUGUAUGGAAAAGAUGCCCUGCAACAAAAUGGACUACAAAGCCAAUUUCCCUAACCAAAGGCAUCCCAUUUCCUCAUUGAUUUGUAUUACAAAGUUGAAAAUUGUUUUGUUAGAAAAAAUAUUCAGUUAAAUAAGUUCCAAAAUGUUUUUAGUAGGAAGAGACAGUUAUUGUCUAGAACCAUAAAUAUACUGUUUAUGUAUCACUGUUCUGACUCUUCCCCUCUACUACGUUGUUAGCCUCUCACACAUCCCUUUUUUCCUAAACCCUAUAAAUCUCCAAAAUUAGAAGAUUAUUGGGUUUGAAUCUCUCAGAACUCAGAUUUUCUUUCAUGUCACUAUUUAUUUGUUUAAUGUCUAUUAGUGAGCUGGGAUACAAUAUCAAAUUGUCAGAGUAGAAACUACUUCAAGGAGAGGACCAUUUGUAAAUCUAUCUCCAACAUCACCAAACACAGGCUCUUGCACCUAACUCAUAAUUAAUAGCUUUUAUUAUAUGAAUGAGCCCCCCCCCGCCCCUUUUUUUUAACCAAUAGGGACUGCAUUCUGAUUCAAAAUAUCUUCCAGCUUGAAAGUCCCUUCCUCAAAUUUGAGAUUUGGGUGUAAAUAAAGUGAAUGAGUGCCAUAUAUAUAGCGCUGUGGGUUUGAGAAUCUAUAAAAAGAGUUCAUGCAAAAGAUAAGAUAUAAUUAUGAGAAAUUUAGUUCUGAAAAAUGGGGAAGGGGAAACAAAUUCCAUAUGAGUCACUGGAGCUCCAAUCCAUGGAAUUAAGUUCAUAGAGAACCACCUUAUCACCUGUGAGCCAAACAAUUAUAAUUGGCAAACAUUUAUUAAGCACCUACCUGUAUGCCAGAUACAGUGUUUUCUAAUUCUGACUCAAUAGAAUGAGUCAGAACUCCAGGUCUAUAAUGUUGGAUUACAAAAGUACUGUAUGUUGACUUUGUAGGAUUUCACCUUUGUUUUUUUCAAAAUGACGCAUAGAAUCUGAAUGAAGCUGGUCUAGCCAAACAGGCCUUUUGGGUGAAAGUUCCACAUAGAUUCAAUGAUUAUGCUUCUUCCCUAACACAUCAAAGGGCCUUUCUAAAAUCAACUCUUGUCUAGGCACCAAAAUCAGAAGUAGGGAGAAUAUAGGAAACUAAAAUUCACAGAUAACCCCCAAAUCUCAUUUUAGCAAAUAGUUAAGACCUCUUUCUUUGAUAUUUUCUUUCAAAAUCUUCUAAGAGGCAAUAAUAUUGACAGGAAUGCUAAUUCCCCUUUCUGCUUUUGCCUGUCUUUGAAAGGGAAAUGGCCAAAAAGUUGAAAGGAAAGGGAGCAAGAGAUUGAACUACUCAUAAAAUGCCUGAACAAACCACUCAUAAAAAAAAAAAGAGAGAGAUAAAACUGUCUAUGUUCAAAUAUAGUUGAUUUAGUGACAUUGUAUUGUUUUCUUCAUCAAAACCCAAAGCAAGAACAAGAGGCGCGAUCCAGUUCUCUCAAAUUACUUUCCUCAAGCUCCCGUCUAAGUCAAAGAUGAUGUCAGCUAGGAAUAUGGACGAUCAACCAGUGGAAUUCCAAUAUAGGAAGUCCCCAAUUUACAAAUGGACAGUAUUCCAAAAGUUCAUUUAUCAGUAAGUUGUCUUUGAAGCGAAAUUGUGUUAAAGUGGUUUUUAGGAUCCCAGAGCAGCCUGAGUAAUCCCAAACUUACAGUUCAGACCUAUUUCAAAGGUUCAUGGCCUUCCAAGUAAUAUUAUGAAACCUUUAGAAGGUGAUACCAAUAUUUUACAUAAAUGUUUUUGUGAAGAGAAACAAAAUUUUAGAUUCAUAAUAGUUAUAUAAACUUAAAAAAAAAAGACAAUUGAGUUUGAGACUGCUGAGUUAAUCUGUAAUGUGGCACUUAGAGAGCUAACUUGAAUUCUAAGUCCUGGUAACAGGCAGGUUUGUGAUAGAAAAAUACAAAAAGAGAUAUUCUCCCUUCUCUGCACAAAGGGCUGACCCUAGGCAUAAAAGUGGAAGUUUUAAAAUCCAGUUUAUCUUUGGAGCCGUCUCACCCCUGCUUCUUUUAAAAAUUCUCCUCCUAGCCUGACUAGAAGGCACUAGCCCCAAGACCCCAAAUCAUUUUCUCUAGCUCCAAAAUUCUCUCCCUUCCUUCUCUCCCAAGCUUUAGAAAGACAACAAGCUUACAAAAGCUAAGACUUCUCAGGGAAAGGCCCUGGCCUUUUUAAGAGAGGAUCCUUGCUGACACAAAUGGCUCUCUAAUUAACAAGAAAGUAUAACAAUGUGAAAUGAAAAUUUCAGCUAAAGUAAGAGAUUUUAUUUUGACCCACAAGGACUGCCAAAUAAAUAGGCUUGUGCUGUCUGGGCCUUCAUCUCUGCACUUAGCUCCCUAAACCAUUCCUCUUCCUCAUAACUCUUCUUCAUCCAUUUGUGAACCCACCAAUUCUCCAAGAUGGAAUCCAAAGCCUCUCAGCAGAGGUCUUGCGUGAAGGAUGGGGACGGUUAAAGGAGUGGGAGUGGGAUGCAUCCAGACAGCAAUUCUACUGCUGAUGCUGGGGAGUUGUCAGCUGAGGUGCCCCCUCCUCUCAGCAGCUCUGGAGGCGAUUUCAGACCUUUUAGGAGGGUGGCCAAAAUACUCACCACCAAUUGGAAUGUUGAGGACACAGCUGAGAACAACUUUCACUACCGAUUGUCUUUCUUUGUUAUUUAAAGUGGUUUAACAUUUCAGAAAGCUUUGUCUUCGAGGAGGAGAAAAGGUGAAUUCAGUCAAGCCUGAUUAAACCUCCAUUUAGAGUUCUCUUGGAAAGAUACUAGACUGGUUUUCCAUUUCCUUUUCCAGUUCAUUUUUCAGAUGAGGAGCUGAGGCAGAGUUAAGUGACUUGCCCAGGAUCAUACAGCUAGUACUUGUCUGAGGCUGGAUUUGAACUCAUGAAGCUGAGUCUUCCUGAUUCCAAGCCUGAGCUCUAGGCACUGUGGUGCCACCUAGCGCCUGGUCUUUGUUUAGCAAUUACCAAAGAGCUUUCCAACUCUGACUGCCCCACCCCCAGCCUAAUUAGCUUGCUAACAAAACUGCUAAUAUUGUCUUACAAAUUAAAAAAAAAAAAAACUAAACUAAAAAAAUACGUGUUGAAAAUGUAUGUGCCCCUUAUUUAUGUCUAAUUACAUCAAUUAGCACACUAGGUAUCGUAACAGCAAAAGAUGUACUGUUUUCUGUCCAUGUGUACACAAUGACCGCUUCCUUCUGAGAAAGAACUGCUGAGCUUGAAAUAGCAAGAAUCAGAAACUCCUCCAUUUCAGUCCUCUUAGAAUUGUGCUAAUUGGUGCUAAGACCAAUCAUCCACAUAAAAAAUGUGGUAGGCAUAAGAACUGUUCUCAAGAGGGAUCUGCUGAUGACCAUCAGAUCAUUGCAGUUGACCAAGAGAAAACAAAGGAUUGACUAUUAUUUAGUGAAUUUUAAAACUGAAUGAGAUAAAAUGGAAAUGAAAAAUAUUUUCAUGCUUUGAACAAAUCUGCGUUUUUCUUUGAGAAAACUGAUUUCAAGAUCUAAAGGUUGCUUUGUGAAAAUGAGCAGAAUUGAAAUUUGCAAACAUUCAAAAUAGUUUUCAAAAAUGAGUCAUAUUAAAGUAAAAUUACACACAAACAAUAAUUACAUAAAUAUGAGGUAUUAUGUAAAAUGUGUUAUUAACUGCAUUGUUUGUCCUGGUUGUCUCUAUAAUAGUUAAAGAGCAGACCGGAUUCUUAUCACUUAAAACAUAAAUCCAACAAUUCCAGAAUCGCACAGAAAUGAGGGGGAAAGCAUAUUCUGUGAAGUUAGAUCUCUCUAAAAAAAAAAAAAAAAAAAUCUGCUCUAUGUAUUCCACCAAUGAUGAAAAGAGCAGAACAUUAAAAUGGAGUUAAUAAUGGAAAUAACAAGGAAGCUGAGUGGCAUAUGACUCCCCUCGAGGAAUAUUGGUUAAUUCUAUAUAGGCAUGGCAAGGUGAUUAUGUAACUGAAAAACAGGGUUAUUUUACACACACCCAGUGGACUCCCAGCCAGAAUAGACAAUUCUUGGCAAUUUCCCCACAGUCACUGUUGUGACAAAUUAGUCAGGUGCCCUGGCAGGCUAAGAGGUGUUGAAUUUUGCUAUUUUAAGCAGUAUAAGGACAAAGUAUUGACCCCGAUGGAAGGUGUGGACCUAAUUUUAAUAUAACCAUAUCUAUCCUUACCAUACAUAUAAGUUAAAAGUUGUAGGUAAAGCAAAUUUGUAUAAAUCAAGUAUCAAGAAAAACUCAUUGAUAUAUAUAUAUACAUUGAUUUCAAAAACCCUUUUAUCCGUUUUCUGCAUGGUCUUCGAUUGAUAGUGGAGACCAUGAUGUAAGCCAUUAUGUUUUUAUGCAUUAUAUUUCAUGGUCCAUAUUUCUCCAUUCCCCAGGGUCUCUCUCAAGUGCCCUCUGAAAAACACUUACAUACACUAGAAAAGAACUAAAAGACUGUCAAGUAUGUGGCUGAUAAUCCUCAACCUGAGACUUCUGGCACUGGUAGGUAGGUUAAGGAGCAUCACAGAGCUUCUGUGCUUGAGUUUUCCCAAUAUUUGUGGUCUCCUCCCAGCCCGAGCACCUCAAGCUGGUGAAGCAAGCUUGUCAUAGUAGAAACCCUCAAAAGUGGCAGGUAUCAAAGAAAAAUAGUCAAAAUCUUAAAAUACAAAUUUCAAACUAAAAUACGGAGAAAUUGAUUUUCAAAAUUCAAAUUUUUUUUUUCUAUCCCACCAUUUUUUCCUUUGGUUAUCUUUUUUUCCAGACAAGAUAAAUUAUAAAGAUGAAACAUCUGUAUGUAAAGUCAUAAACAAUAAAUCAUUUGGAGAAAAUUAAAAGCCCUCUUCAAAAAAUGCCCUAUCUUUUUCUUACAAACAAAUUUCUGUUUUUCCAGAUAAGCCAGGGAAAUUUGUUUAACGACAAGACACUACAGCCUGUCUCAAGGAAGAGUUCAUUUGUCUAAACUCUGCCUCCUGCCUUUUGGGGCUCCUGGCUACUGGCUAUGGAUUUGAUUGAGUUCCCAUAGGAAGACCAAAUGCAGUCCCUGGUUUCUUUUCUGCUGUAGUGCAGGAUAAUUCCCUACACUAUUCUAGAUGUAGUCGUGAAGAAGCUUGAUUGUGGGUUCUGGUGAUUUCUCACUAAGCGACCUCCAUGUUGAAAUCUGAGAUUUGGCACUGAGACUUACAAACCAAUGAGUAUCAUCAAAGAUGGGUAUCUCAUGACUUGGUCUCUUCUCAAAAUAUUUUUCAUUCUUUUCAGAAUCUUCCCAGUCUGAAUUUAACCCUAGCAAAUGUAUUUUAUGCAUCGGAACUGACUAAGUGAUGUACUUUUAAAAAGAAAUCCAUCAUUUGAGUUCUAAUCCUGAAAGCAGUCACAGUUACUUGCUUCACUGCUCCCCCACUCCCAAAAGAUGAAAUGUCAUCCAUGUUUCUUUAUCUCGAGCUACAUGAGCCCACUCUAAUCCCCAGAAGGUCCCCAAAUAUGGCGUGCCUCCUUAGGAAGAAGCUGGAACCAAAUAAUUAUCUGAAAUAUAUUGAAUAUUAAAAUCUCAAGGGAGAAAAAAGUUUGGUUAUCAUCCUGAAAUGAUUAAAAUCUCUUUGUACUAUAUUUUUGCCUAUGUUGCUGGGGGAAAAAAGUGAAAUAAUUCUGGUUUCUUUACCUGUUACCUGACAUUGUGCAUGCUGGGUUUUCUGUAGAAAUUGGAGCUAAUACCACCUUAGUGCAAAUUGCACCUAGGAGAUGCUACUGGCCCCUCUCCACAGGUUCAGGGGGACUGUACAUACCCCAGUAGACCAUGUAAUUUACAAAGAUGCUUGUUGCUGUUCUCUAGACAUGCUUUUUAUUUUUGAAGUUUUGUUGGUUGAUUUUGUUUUGUUUGGAAACUUUGCUUGUCAAGUUAUCAAGGAGCAGCUUAGUAAUAAAAUAAAAAACAACUUGGGAUCUAUGUUCAACUCAAACUCAUCAUUUUAAGGCAAUUUAGAAAAUAUGACGGACUGUUUUCUUCUUUAAAUAAAGUUUUGCUUGUUGUCGA